AAGGAAGGAGCGGCCGGGCCGCUGGGAGGUGCUGCCGCGGUGCCCGCCCCGCCGCCUCCGGGCUCCGUCGUGCGGCCUGGCUGCGCCGUGCGAGCGGACGGAGCGAGCUCUAGGCUGUUAACAAGCUCCCUGGGACGUGUUCCGAGCACGUGGCUCUCAGGGGACAUCGCUUGAGAGUGCUUUAUUUUGGGCAUGUUCUCGGAGGUGAAGUUCCCUGUGCCCUGGGGCCAUGUGGCAGCCAAGGCCUGGGGACCCCCAGAGGGACACCCCGUGCUGUGCUUGCAUGGCUGGCUCGACAAUGCCAACACCUUUGACAGGCUUAUUCCACUGCUCCCCAGAGAUUGCCGGUAUGUGGCGAUGGAUUUUUCUGGCCAUGGCUUGUCAUCUCACCGGCCUGCAGGCUCCCCUUACCAUUUCCUAGAUUAUGUGAGCGAUGUCCGCCGCGUGGCAGCAGCAUUGCGGUGGAGACGGUUCACCCUGAUGGGUCACAGUAUGGGUGGGUCUGUGGCAGGAAUGUUUGCUUUCAUUUAUCCUGAGAUGGUGGACAAGCUGAUCUUGCUGGAAAAUCUUGGCUUUCUACUAGCUCCAGAGGACACUGAGGCAUGGCUGAAAUCGAAGCGUCUGGCUAUCGAUAGAUUACUGAGUCUAGAAGCAAAGCAGCAAGCUCCCAAAGCACGUAGCCCCGAAGCAGCAUUGCAGAGGCUCUUAGAAGCAAACAGACAUCUGACAGCAGAGGGUGGGGCAAUCCUGCUGCAGCGAGGAGCAACUGAGACACCCACUGGACUGGUGUAUAACAGAGACAUGAGAGUCCGUACGAAUCGAGAGUACCUCACUGUGGAACAGUGUGUGAAGCUCCUGCAGAAGAUCAAGGACCGCGUUCUCAUCAUACUAGCACAAGAUGGACUCUUGGUACCACACAAGCUAGAGAGCAGAAAUCAGUUUGUGAAAUCCUUACGGGAGGCGUUUGAGCAUACCCUCAAAGAGGACGUCCAGCUAGUAGAGGUGCCUGGGAGUCAUUUUGUGCACCUGAACGAACCUGAGGUGGUGUCUGGGAUCAUCAGCAACUUCCUGACAGCGCAGAACACCAGAGCCAGACUCUAAGCAGUCACUGCAACAGCAAUCCAGGACAAGAAGUAGCUAAAAAUCUGGCUCUGGAGGAAUUGUCACCAUUCCUACCUCACAUCCAAUGUCAGUUUCAUGAUACUUAUUCCUAAGCUGAGUUCUCUGAAGCGGUGAAUGGAGAUCUGCAAAGUUAGACACACAGUGGCGUUCCCCUUUCUUCUUCCUAACUUCUGCAUCCUAAAAUGGAGCAGGAAUACAGGCAGAGGUUCCUCAGGGAGCAGCAGCACCACUAGCUGUAGCAGUGCAAGAAAUAGGUAGCUCAUUCUUUCCUCCUCUCUCAGCACGAAGUGACAAGUCUCCUCCCAGGGCUAAGCCAGUUGAAAAAACAGGAAAGAGUUCUGCUUCUCUGCUUAUUUCCAUGAUUGCCUGAGCUCAGACAGCCUCAACCUCUCUGUUCUACUAUGAGGGCUGCUGCUUUUUUUAAUAAUCAGCUUAAAUGAGAGCUCACCUGGGUACAGUAGGCCAUUUCAAUGAACUGCUGGGAAAUGAGUCAUUAAUCCUCUAGCUGAAGCAGCUGGAAGAACUAUUAGUAAUGGAAAAGUUGGCAGAGGUGAUUUCUGUCCUUCAAAAUAAAGAUUGAUCUUCCACUGUUAA